CUGCCGGAGCGAUCGGUUGUGCCAGCUCUCUAUAGUUAGCUGCUGUUUUUGUGUUGCGUCUCGUGCUGCGCGCUGUGUUUCCAAAUACGCUCACUGAUCAACAGACGUCAUCGCCAGAGACGGACGUGUCGCUCGAUUGAUUUGUUGCAAAGAGCAAACAAAAAAUAAAUAUAUACAGAUAUAUUAACAAAAACUAAGUGAGUGCGAGUGCGAAUACGAGUACGUGUACGUGUAUCUAUAAUUGGUUUGCACAAUGUCGAAAAGUCUGCGCCCUCUUAAAAUAACCAUCGUGGGCGAUGGCAUGGUGGGUAAGACCUGCCUCCUGAUAACCUACACACAAAACGAAUUUCCCGAGGAGUACAUACCGACUGUGUUCGAUAAUCAUGCCUGCAACAUAACAGUCGAUGAUAAUGAAUACAAUUUAACACUAUGGGACACGGCCGGUCAGGAGGAUUACGAAAGGCUGCGCCCAUUGAGUUAUCCAAAUACGAACUGCUUCCUGUUAUGCUAUUCCAUCAGCAGUCGCACCUCGUUCGAGAACAUCAAGAGUAAAUGGUGGCCAGAAAUUCGUCACUUUGGCGCCAAUGUGCCUGUGGUUCUGGUUGGCACUAAGCUGGAUUUGCGUAUACCGAAUUCAGAAAAAUUUGUAACCACACAGGAGGGCCGACGAUUGCGCAAGGAGAUACAUGCGCAUCAAUUGGUCGAGUGUUCAGCGAAGAAGAAGAUCAAUUUACCGCAGGUGUUCGAAGAGGCGGUGCGAGCGGUGGAGAAGAAACCAGGAAAGAAGCCGCAAACGUGCAAAAUACUUUAAUUAAGUCCUAUGCCUAAUGUUAAAUAUUGUUAUACGUAAUUGUAUUAUGUAAUUGUCUAAUUCGCGAGCAUUCGAUUCGCCUGUUUCGCAGUGUGUGUAGGAAAAUGUAACGUUAAGCUCUUAUUUUAAGUUGUAGUUGUCUGAAAACUAUUUUCGUAUGCGACCAAAGUGCAUUUUUUUUAUGUAAAAAUCAAAACAAAUUUAACUGCAAAAUUGUUUGAAUAGAAAU